AUGUUCAAGACUCUCGUUGCCACCCUUGCCCUUGUUGGCUCUGUUUCGGCCUUUGCCCCCCAACCCAUGGGAGCCCGUGUCACCACCGCCAUGUUCGACACCUACGGAAAGUACAACGAAAAGCUCUGGGACAAUGAUGCCAAGAAGGACAUCUACGCUGUCUGGGACCCCAGUGCCCCACGCAGCCCAGAGAACUUCAACCCCUUCGAGACCUUCGAUGGAAACUCACCCGAUGCCUCUGGCCGAUACCCCGGUGAACCUUUCUACAAGGACCCCAUGCGUGGAGAUGUUAGCUUCCAACAAAUGAUGGACGAACGUGCCGAAAUCGAGGAACGUCUCGCCAACCCCAAGGCCGGAGACAAGCCCGGAUGCCCUGGAUGCCGAAACUAA